UCGAACUCUCCAUCUUUCCCUCCUCUCUAAAGAAACUCAACCCCCCAAUUUCUACGGCUUCUUCUUCUUCCUCCUCCUCUUUCUCUCUCCCCCUUUCUCCGUCAUCAAUGGCGGCCGAAGAACCCUUAGCCUUCACAGAAACCACCUUAUCUACCUCCCUAAUCAAGGGUUUAGCCUCCUGCGACACUUCUGUUCGAUCCAAAUCCCUAAAAACCAUUCUCAAUUGGCUUUCUUCCCAAACCCUAGUUUCCGACGAUGAAUUCAAGAAGCUCUGGAAAGCUCUUUUCUACUGUAUGUGGCAUUGCGACAUGAUUGAAAAUCAAACCCAACUCAUCAAUCGUCUUUCUACUCUUCUCCCUAUACUCCCUUACCCGCUUUCUCUCUCUUACUUCUCUCACUUCCUGCUUACUAUGCGGAAGGAGUGGCCCGGCAUUGAUCAUCUCAGGUUAGACAAAUUCUACCUUUUGAUUCGUUUUUUUGUUAGGAAUUUGUUUGUUUUGUUGAAGGAAUUGAACUGGGAUUUGUCUGUUUUGGGGGAAUUUGUUGGGGUUUUGGAGAAGAAGGCGUUCUUCUUUGUUGAUGAUGAAGGGAAAGGGGAUAAUGGGUUGGGAAAUGGGGUUACUUAUCAUAUUGUUUCGGUUUUUUGUGAUGAAAUUAAGCCAUUUUUGCCAUUGAACUUGGAGGUUUUGAACUUGUUGUUUCGACCGUUUGUUGGGGUUUUGAGUAAGAGUGAUAAUAAGGUGUUGGUGGGUAAAGUUAAGAGUAAUGUUUUUGGUAAUUUGAUUAAGAAUGGGAAGGGUUUGUUGGUGGCGAAGAAGUCGGGUGAUGCCGAGGUUGAUGAGAAGGGUGAGAUGAUUUUAUUUGGAACAAUUGGUUUAGCAAUGGGAUAUGGGACGAGGUUUUACGAGCUAGGUUCGGCUCCCGAUUGUCUUCAGGGGAAUAGGAAGGUGAUAUUUGGUUUACAAGAGGAGUUUUCGAAGUUGGAGAAGGAGAAGGCGGCUUUGGGUAUCGAAGUUUCGCUUCCUGAGGUUGAUGGUGAGGUGCCCGUUCUAGUUUCUAGCAAUGGUGAUGUAAAUGGGGUUGUAGAGGUUGAAUUGCCUAAGAAAGAAGCUUCCAAAGAGAAGAAGUCAAAGAAGAAAAAGAAGAAGAAUGAGGUUGCUAAUCCUGGUAGAGCAAGUGGGAAUGAUUCUAACGGCGAUACUGAUAUGGUUAACAUAAGUGUGAGUUCGAGUGUGGAAGUUAAAGAUGUAGGGAAUGAACUAGAGGAGAAGAAGUCAAAGAAGAAAAAGAAGAAGAAUCAAGGUGGAGCAAGUGGGAAUGAUUCUAACGGCGAUAUUGAUAUGGUUAACAUAAGUGAGAGUUCGAAUGCAAAAGCUGAAGAUGGAGGGAAUGCACUAGAACUAGAACUAAAUGAGGACAUGAUGUCGAAUCUCCAAAAGCAGUUUGAGAAGAUUGCUGCUGAGUCUGGAUUGGAUGGUGAUGGAUUGAGUGCACUUGAUUCUCCGAAACCUGUGCAAGUCAGUGGCAAGCCUGGUAAGAAGCGUAAGAGAUCAAAGUCAGUGGCUAAUGCCGAUACAGGUGGCCAUGAUGAUAUUGAAAAGGGAGUUAUGCUGAACACAGAGGAGAAGAGUGGAAAGAGAGUUAGAUUUGCUAUGAAGAAUAAUAUCGUUUGGAAACCUCAUAAUCCGUUACCACCCCAAAAUGUAAGGAUACCUCCAUCUUCCACACCUAGAGGCAGUGCCCUUAAGAAGGGUGUGUCCCCGGGACCCAUUAGAGAUUCAUCUCUAGAUGCUAAGAAGAAGAAGAGGAAACCUAGUCCGCUGAAGAAAUCUAGGAAGGUGAAGAGCAUAUCCCCCUCAGUCAAACGUGUUAAGAAGAAGAAGGUCAAGUCAUUGUCUGCCUAGAUGCUGCUCCGUCUUACAUUUGGGUGCAGAAGUUAGAAGCCCCCCGUGUUAUAUGGUGUGAAAUCGAUGAGGUGACUGUAUUGUGCUUUGUGGAUUUCUGUCUUGUUGUGAGCCAGAUAGUAGAAUGAUGAAUGAGGCACAGAGAGUAUGCUUAUAUAUUUGGAUUUUCUAUAAUACCAUGAAUCUAUGAUUGCCGUUUGAUCAUAUGGAAAGGUAGAUUAUUGAAUUAAUUCUUUGCCUAUACUUAUGCGACAUAUUUUGUGAUGUGAAAUACUCGGCUUUGAUCAGACUGAUACUAAGUUUCAGGUGAAUCAACCAUAAGUUUUGUAUUCAAAAUUUUUUUCCCCA